AUGGAAUUAGUAUUUAAAUUAUUUUGGAUAUAUUAUUUGACAAAUCUGUUCGUAAAUAGUGAAUCAAAUCGUCCUAUAGUAAUAACUACAUGGCAAUUUCAUAAUGCUUCAAUAAAAGCUUGGAGUAUUUUAAAUGACGGAGGUAUAGCAUUAGACGCAAUUGAACAAGGUGCUUCAGUGUGUGAGAUACAGCAAUGUGACGGGACAGUAGGCUAUGGCGGUAGCCCUGAUGAAAAUAGUGAAACCACAUUAGAUGCUCUCAUUAUGGACGGAAAAACUAUGAAUGUUGGAGCCGUAGGUGCUCUUCGUAGAAUAAAAAGUGCAAUAUCUGUAGCAAGGCAUGUAUUAGAACAUACAACACACUCAUUCUUAGUUGGAGAGCUUGCUACUCAGUUUGCUGUCCAAAUGGGUUUUCAAGAAGAGUCACUUUCCACACAAGAAUCUCAGGAACAAUACACAAAAUGGCAUAAUCAAGACAAUUGCCAACCAAAUUUUUGGAUGGCUGUCAAACCUGAUCCAACAAAACAAUGCGGUCCUUAUCAUGAAGCUAAGAGAUUCUUUAAAACUGAUAUUCCUGAUGUGCGGAUCAUAGACCAAUAUAAUCAUGAUACAAUUGGAAUGGUUGCUGUCGAUCAAAAUGGUGACGUAGCAGCUGGUACUUCUAGCAACGGAGCUAAACAUAAAAUACCUGGGAGAAUCGGUGAUUCGCCAAUACCAGGGGCAGGAGCAUACGCGGAUAAUCAUGUCGGAGGUGCCGCGGCUACGGGAGACGGCGAUGUCAUGCUCAGAUUCUCACCGAGUUUUUUAGCCGUCGAAGAAAUGCGGAGAGGUGCUUCACCAACCGAUGCAGCGAAAACAGCGAUUAAAAGAAUAGCAUUGCAUUUUCCUAACUACAUGGGGGCUGUAAUAGCGUUAUCCAAAGACGGAGAUUAUGGAGCAGCAUGCCAUGGAAUGCCAUCUUUUCCUUUUAUAGUACAAGAUAAGACUCGGGCUGCACAUGAACUUAUUAUUAUUAAAUGUUAA